AUGCAUCGCAUCUUCUUUUCCCUCUCGCAUCUUUCUCCUGCUCUUCCCUCUCGCAUCGCAUCUUCUUUUCCCUCUCGCAUCUUUCUCCUGCUCUUCCUUCUCGCAUUGCAUCUUCUUUUUCCUCUCGCAUCUUUCUCCUGCACUUCCCUCUCGCAUCUUUCUCCUGCACUUCCCUCUCGCAUCUUUCUCCUGCUCUUCCCUCUCGCAUCACAUCUUCUUUCCCUCUACGAUCUUUCUCCUGCUCUUCCUUCUCGCAUCGUGAUCUUCUUUUCCUCUCGCAUCUUUCUCCUGCACUUCCCUCUCACAUCUUUCUCCUGCUCUUCCCUCUCGCAUCUUUCUCCUGCACUUCCCUCUCGCAUCUUUCUCCUGCUCUUCCCUCUCAUGAACUCCCCAUUUUUAUCUUCAACCAUCUUUAUUGUAUUUUUGGCUGCUACCAUAAUUGCAGUGAAGAAAAAAGACCAAGAUCAGAGAGUUGUUUGA